AUGGAAGCUUCAGAUGCGGUCGUUGUCCUUUCGGUUAUUACGGAGAUGGUAUUAUUUGUAGAGGUACUGCGGCAACAUAUGUUUUGCUAUUUUGUUGCAACAUAAUCCUAUUUCCAGCAGAUGUUCUUGCCGAACUUUUACAAUGGCGGUAGAGGCCUGAUAUGCACAUAACGCUAAACUGUGGUUUAUUAAAGUAUGGUUUAGUAUGGUUUAUUAUCCAUUGCUUACCGGUAGGUUUGUGUGUAAACCCAGCCCAGCAUUGGUUUACUGUUAACAAACAUGAUGUAAAGUCAUGUUUAUGUUGUUGGCUUAGGAACCUUUGAUUAUAUGUGAACUCAGCACCCUUUACCACGGCUUGAGCACUCCACUCCAGAGGUUCACCAAACUACAAACACAUGAGGCAUGAGCAGCUGGAAACAAACUUUGGAGGAACAAACCAUGUUUUGUUUGAUUAUCUGUGAAACAACUUAUGGUCACCUCAUGAUUUUGCUUAAACAAGCUAAGGCUUAUUGUUAUGUGUGAACCAGACCAGAGAGCUGGACAGCUUGCUGUUUCCAAGCUGCAUGGGGUAUACAAACAUUUAGGGUAGUUGCUGUUCUAUGUGAAACUUUGCAUGGCUGAGUUGUGUCUAAAGAGCAGUCAUGGUGGGGAAGGAGAGGGGAGCAGGAGCGCUAUCAACAAGGUCACAGAAAUGGCACAAAUGGCUCCCCAAAUGCACAUUCUGUUCACUGAUCAUUGCGUUUCACCAAAUCUGCCGGUGGCCACAUGUGAUGGGGUUGCAGAAGAACUUGAACUUCAUAUUUGCACAAACUGAUGGAAAGUAUAGUGUUUUCAAGGUCAAUGCUGUUAGCUAAUUUUGCAUGCUAGGUAUUGAAAGUGAAUACCACAAACCAGAUGAGUUACUGAUCUUAUUUCCCCCGUUUUUUCUCUCUCACAGCGAUAUGCAGGCAUAACUGUGGUGAAAACAUGGAAUGUGUGGCACCCAAUACUUGCAGGUGUAAGCCUGGUUACUCCGGCCGUAGCUGUCAAGCUGGUGAGUGAUGCCUGUUUUAUGCACCCUCUGCAUUUAAUAAUAUUAAAUGGUACAUCUAAGAAUUUAAUGUUGGUUUUAUACAGCUCUGUGUCGACCAGAGUGCAAAAACAAUGGGAAAUGCACCCAGCCUAAUGUAUGUGAAUGCCCCCCCCGGAUUCAGUGGCCCCAUCUGUGAUGAAGGUAACACUGGGCUGUCCUUUUAAAAUUAAAGGAUGACCCAAAAUGCAUGCUGAAUGUCGGUGUCAAAAUUGAUUCUCAGAAAUUGCAGUGUCAGCUAUUUCACUCCUACCAGAAAACAGCUGAAACAAAUGAAAAAGUUGUAUUUCGUGUUUAUCACAAUGUUCCCACAACAGCAGAAACUCUAGUGCACCACUCUUGGUCUUAAAGGUAUUCCAAAGAACUGCAGCUGUGCUGAGAAUAGCAAUAAUGGCACCCUGCAUGAGGCAGGCAACUCUUGUUCAGUUCCAACAGUUUGCUGCCAUGUAUCUGGUGCAAAGAUUUGUUCUGUUGUAUCUGGCCUUAGAAUGGCUGGAAUGCAUGCAUGAGUCACCCCCAAGCUCUUCUCAGUUCUGUUUGUGUCCUAUUCCAUCUUCCUUAAUUCUACCCUGUAUCACAGCUUUGUGUUAUAUUUUUGGUGUGAUAAAUGUGUAGGGAAGGUAUAGUAGGGAUAUUGAUGAAUCUCUCAAUUGUUUUUUCUAUGUUUCUCAUUUUUUCCACUUUUUAAAAAAAUAAUAUUUAUUGCUUUUAAACCUUACAAAAAGAAGAAAAGAAAGAAAAAAGAAAAGAAGAAGAAAAGCAAAAAAGAAAACAGUACAAUACAAUCUAUAAACAAUACAGAGCACAACAUUAACAUUAACACAUUAAACAAAACAAAAGCAAAAACAAUUCAAAAAACACACAUACCAUCUCAAUAUCCUCUCUUUCAUUCCCUUGUUUCAUCGACCUCCUCUCACCUCCCUUUUUGUAUUCCAUUUCUAUUAAUUGUUUCAGCAAAUCCUUUCCAUCUUUCUCUAUUUUCUGUCAUGUAAUUAUCUUAACAUAUUUUAACCUUAUAUUCCAUUAAUACUAUAAUACUUAUUUAUACUUAAUUCCUUAAAAUAUUUUUACUAAAGCCGUAUAAUUCCCUUCCAACAUUUUUCUAACACUCAUUAAUUUUAUAUUAUUUCCAUAUAUAGAUUUAAAACUUUUUCCAAUAUUCUUCCACCGUCUCUUCUCCCUGGUCUCGGGUUCUGCCAGUCAUUUCCGUCAAUUCCUUAUAGCCCAUCAACCUGGUGAUCUUCUGUCCGAGGCUCUUAACUCUUUUCCAGGUCCCUUCUGCAAGUCUUCUUCAUGUUUAUACAUGCACUUUACUUUGUCUUCUCCUGAUCUUGUUCUUAUUUUCCUUCCUUUGAUACUGAAAAGUAGAUCUCCGGGAAAUUCCCAUCUAACAAUGUUUUUAUUCCUUCUCGACAAGUCAACUAAAUCUCCAUAGUUAGAACUGAAAUUCAAAAGAUAUUUCCAGCUGUGUUUCAAAGUUCCUCCAAGUCUGGCAGUCCCCACAACUCCAGUCUCCUCCUGACCCAAGUCCAGGUCGCAAAGGUCAAUAAACCCCUGCAUUAGGGGAUCUAUCCAACUUUCUUUCUCUAGUCCAGGCGGGGCUCCAAUCCUAAAAGACUGGCUUUCUCUAAAUUCAGUCUUGGAAGGCAUCAACUUAUAAUCAUCGAGUUGCAACUGUACGGCUGGGGCACUCUUCCUCUCCACUUGUGCUACUUUAGGUUCCACAGCAAAAGCUUUCUCCCCCGCCUUCUCCUCAAUUUGACAUGUCAAAAUAGAUCCCUGUAUCGAUUCCUGAAUAAUUUCUGUAUUAAUAUUGACUUUUUGUGCCAAAUUAGUCACUUUUUGUUCCAAGUUCUCAAUUUUUAUAGUCCUCGCAUCUGUCUUCCUAUAAAGCUGUUCCAGUGAAUCGUUAAUCUUACAAAAUGCAACCACUAAGGCUUCUUCUGUCAACAUUCUUAACGAUUCAAGGUCAAUCCCAGAUUCUCACAGUUUUAUCAUGCAGGUGGAAAAUUCCCCCAGCUCAGCUCUUGUAACAAUUUCAAAAGCUUCCUCUAGGGGGAAACAAUUUCUAUUUGUAUCAAUGCUUUUAAGCACAGUUCAAACAAUAAAGUUAGUUUCAAUUCUCAGUUACUUUUACUCCUUUUUAAACGCAGAAGGAGACAAUGGAAACAAUGUAUUUCUCUUCUUUAACUUACUGUCAACAGACGAUCUAUUCACAGUCAAUGAGCAUAUCCAAAACUUCGAUGCUUACUAGCAGCCCGUUUCCAGGUUCAGAGCGGUGGUAAUUUGACUUUCUUCACUCUCUCCUGCAGGCUUACGCGAUCUUAAAUUUCCCCCCUCUUCUCCUGCUUCCAAGGGCGGUUUGAUGAUUUAACCGACGGAAGUUUAAUCCUUUAUGAGAGACUUUCCAAGGCUUUAGCUUGCAGCCUCUUUGCUUCAAUCUAUUUACAAAAGGGGGAGGCGGACUUCUUGUUUGAAACCUCCCCGUUUCGGUGCCAAAUUAAGACGUUUAAAAAUCCAAUUUUCAGUUCUACUCACGGGUAGUUGUUUUAAGAUCAAAUUGUCCACAGGAAAAAGUCAGCGCUCUCCAGCAACAGCAAUGCGGCUUCACUCCGUGAAAGAAGCAGUCGAUUCAAAGCACCGCGCCACUCACCCCACUUCGCUCCGGAUCCCCGAAACCGGGUUUCCCCACGAGUAGGGGAGGCGCAAAAGGUGCCAGCCGAAUCCCACGUUCACAGGCUUCUCCCGCCUGUGAUUUUUAGUGGGUCCCCGCCUUCGCCGUGGCGGCCAGACCCUGAUUUCCAUGAAGCAAAUUCCUCCCGGUCAGAGGAAUUCAGCCAUUGUUGGAGGCGUCAACCCGGAAGUCGCCAUUUUUUCCACUUUUAAAUGCAAUUCACUUUUCAGCAGCAAUUUGUAUUUUAAAAAGAAUCCUCAUGAAAGUUUACCAGCAUUUUAGGGCAGAUUUCACCUAAUACAUACAUUCUCCCCCCUAUGCAGUUUUUAAUGUAUGCCUUUUGGAAGGAAAUUUCCUAAACGUAAUGCAUUAAUUAUGUUAUUUUCAAUCAUGUGUGCACACUUCCCCUAAUACACUUGUUUCUGCACCCAUUAGUUGACUGGAGAACUGCGUCACAAAAUUUGGAGACACGCAAAUUGUGGUUCGCACAUUGAAUUGAAAAGUGCAGAUUAGGAAGUUUCUCAGUAAAAGGCAAACAAAAUCGAAUUUCUCCCCACACCGCCCAGAAUAUACCUCCCAACUCUCCAUCUUAACAAUAUCCAUACACACAAUAUCCAUACACACAUAUACUUGUCCUUAAAGACCCUAUAUUUUUGGAAUCAUAGUUCCCAUGCCUGUUCAUAUGUAUAAAGAUGGAUGUCAAUGGUGGUCAUUUUAUUGAUGGCUGACAUUUUGACAUAUUAUCUAAAUACACGGUACUCAGUGAAACAUAUCCCUCACGGCCAAAUUAAUGUUUCCUUUAGAAUACAUAAUCUAAAGGCCAGUGCUAUUUUUCUGGAAAGAGAGGUGCCGGAACUCACCAUGAACACCUCCCUUGUUCUCUUAGCCCACCUGAGAGGGGCCAGAACUGAGUUCAGGUGUGUUCUGGCUGAAAAAAGCCCUGCUAAAGGCCCCGCUCUCCUUCCAGGUUCUUGGUGAGGAGGAGGAGUAAUAUAGUAGGCCAGUUGUUUUAAUGGUGAGAAGGAGGAGAUGGAGUAAGUUAUGGAAGAUUGUAAAAAACAACAACAUUUCAAUAUUGUGUUGCUUUACUGUAUACGGUCUGCUUGGAUUAUAUAACUCACCCUGGGAUUGCUUGCCUGUGAAGCACAGGAUGAUAAUGAAAUAAAUGAAAUAGCCCUUGGGGUCUUAAAUCUGCCAUGGAGCACAUUUCCUGUCAUUAAGCUACUUAGACCACUGUCAAAAACAAACAUAGAUUGAGUUCAGCACUGACAUUUACCAGUGUUGUCUCUGUUGAUAUCGUCAGAGUGAUGCCUAUUUAUACGCAUACUUAAGUUGGAUCCCUGCUAAAACCAGGAUAUUCUCAAUAUUCCAAGAAGCAGCUUCAGUUGUUUCUUUAACAAGAUGAUGGCAAUUUCAAAUGGUUCGCAAGCAAACCUGAAAUGGUUUUGUUCAAAGGCAGGAUGAACUGAGAUGCAUUCUGCGAGUCUCCUUCUUCACAAGUUGUUGUCCUGCCUUUUGACCACUAGGUGGGGACAUGGACCCAACAUGAUAGUUUUGCGAGUAACCAAUGCAAAAAUAGCGUUGUAGAAAUCUUUUCUUUCUAUUUUUACACCUUUUGUUUAAAAGUUUCUAAUGUUAAUUGAUUUCUGGAACUGAUAUCUUGACCAGUCUCCCUUUCCACCUCCAGCACAUUGUGAGCCACCUUGCCAACAUGGAGGGACCUGUCUGACCAGAAACCUUUGCACUUGCCCAUAUGGGUUUGUGGGUCCACAUUGUGAAACAAGUAAGUAAUGGAAUAUGUGACAAACAUAUAAACAAAGCAUCCUGGUGUAGCAAGAUGCACAUAGAUAAGAGGUGCUAUACCUUUCUGAUGUUCUGUGCCCCAAAAUAACCUCUUGGUGAAUUUGUCAGAAGUAAAUUAUUAGUUUGCUUUUUUUAAAUCGACCUUCCUGAUUUUUCCAAAGAAACUCAAGGCAACUAAUCAAUAAUAUAAUACAAACAACCCCCCAAAUUAAACCAUAUCACACAAAAUACAGCAUAAAACAAAACAAAAAAAUGAAAACAAUGCCAAAAUCACCAGCCAAAACCCUCAAAACUAAGCCAGUGAAUAAAUUAAUUGGAGGUCAUUUGUUUAUUUGAUUCCAUAACCAUUCUUCACCAUUUAGUCCCAGAGUAUGUUACAACAAUAUACUUUGCAAUGAUAAAAAACAGAAAAAUACACCUAUGACUUCUAUUUAGCUGUUUGGAUGGAAUAAUACAUACUAACAGCAACCUCUUUGAUAUCAACAGGCCUGUUCUAAGCAUGGUUAAGUCCCGAUUCAGCUAAAUAUCUUGAGGUGUAGUUCUCGGUUUUUUCUCUUUGUAAACCACUUUGAGGUUUGUUUGUUUUUACAAUCGAUUGGUGUGUAAAUCUUAUUAAAUAAAUAUCAUAGCAGAAAGACAAUUGCAGACAAAACCUGGGAAAUUAUUUGGGUGUAUAUAGAUAUGCAAUAAAGAUAUGACAGCAACCCUUUUUUUCUCUACUAACUUCUGUUUAUUUUGUUUCUUAAACACUGGUUGCUUGGUUUAGUGGUUUGCAACAGGCACUGUGAAAAUGGCGGUGAAUGUCUCGCCCCAGAUGUCUGCCAGUGCAGGGUUGGCUGGAAUGGACCCACAUGCAGCACAGGUAAAAAAGUAUAUCCCCAAAGGCCAUUUAUUUUCAGUAAAACCAUACACACACGUUGCCACCAAGAGAGACAAGAUCAGCUCAAAAAUGCUGAAAUUACGAUUGGUGAUAUGAAAAGCGGCAGGCUUUGAAGGACCAGCGUUAAGCUGGUUGUGGUAAGAGAUUUAUUCGCACCAGUGUUAAGGUAGAGAUGGAGAGGGAGCGGCUCCCACAAGAACUUCUGUCUGGAAAGCUUCUGUAAGAACCACAUGGUGGAGCUCUGCUCAGUCUUCCUCUGCAGAAUAACAGUCAAGGCUUCAAUCCUACUUAAGGAAGUUAUGGAAGGAGAAUUUGCUGCUUGGAUCUCUCCACUGAAGCCACAUGAGCUCUUGCCUGCUCCUCCCCUCAGCAGCCUCUGGCUUCCUAGUUUAAACUGGGGUUUAGGGAGGUGGGUUCCAACCUUCUAGAGAGGCUUGUGGGGGAAGUCAGGGGUUGCUAUAGCUUUGAAAAUCAAAUACCCUCUUAUGUGUGCAAGAUCAGCUUUAAUAAUAUUUCAUGCAAUUUCUUGUAGUUCUCACUGAUUUUUUAAACACUGGAUAGGAGGCCUCUUUUAAGCCACCCAACUAGGGUUUUUCUUGUUUGUUUGUUUGUUUGUUUGUUUGUUCUCUCCCCCACUCCUUUGUGUUUUGUUCUCCCAGAAGAGGAGGGUGUUUUGUUAAUUACAGUUUCCGUGCAAGUUGUGAAAAGGCAUUUCUAACUGAGCAUACAUUUAUAUAAGCCACCUAUGCAAAUGAGCAUAGGUUAUUCUUUUUUCUUUUGGCCUGGUAGAAAUAGCAGCCCUCCUUCCAAAGAACAGUUCAAAGCAAAUUACACUUCAGUUCUUUCUCCCAUUACAACUUAGUUAAGUGACUUAACGAAGUAUUUGCGUGCAGUGAAAUGAAAUCGCUACAUGGCACACAUGCUUAAAUGUGUUUCCACUUAACCUUUAAAAUGAAAUUCUCUCCUCUCCUUGUCUUCUCUAGCUGUGUGUGACCCAGUGUGUCUCAAUGGCGGAUCCUGUAUUAAACCAAACAUUUGCCUUUGCCCCAAUGGAUUCUUCGGUGCCUAUUGCCAGAAUGGUAAUUUUGUUGUGCUAUUUUAAAAGAAACGUGCAAUAAUUAAUGGUUCCCCCCCACACACUUCUACUUUUCAGGGAAGAAACAUUGAUAGAAUGGCUCCAAAUGGAUCAUAUAGCAGGCACAAAGGGCAUUGGGAUGGAGUGGUGACCCCUUCGUCUUUGCGGUGGACCCCACAACUUCUGUGCCUCCACCCAUUUCGGUUAUGGGCCCUCUGCACAAUCCAGUGCUGGCAAAACAUGUAAUUAGCACAUGCAAAUUUGUGUCAUGGACCAGUGCUCUAAAAACACCCCUGGUGGGGGUAAUGUAGCUUAUCGUGGUCCGAGCACUGGGCAAACCCAAGCACUUGGUCAGAAUUUGUAGGAGCUGAAGGAGAGCAAUUUGUUGCAGAAGCACUGCUGGAUCCAUAUGGAGGGUUUCAGUGCCAUCAGGUUUCAGCCUUUCCCAUUUUAACCGUAUUGUGGCAGGGCAGCUGGGGGCAGGUCUCAACUCCAGCACCAUUCAUCAUAUACGACCCGGUUUAUACAUGAUCCACAAAAGGGGACACUGCCCCACCUUUGAUCUUCAUCGGAUUGUGCUGAUGGGGAAUGAAUAGGCCUAAGUGUGGACAGUCAGUAGUCGCAGGCUUCAGAGCAGCAGUAGCUGUUCUAAUUAAGAAGCUGGAGAGAACCGAUCAGCUCCCAUUCUCAACCCUCAAUGACGAGAAUUUCAGAUCUAACUAGAUCGGGGGUGGGGAACCUUUAAAACCCCAUGGGCGGCAUUCCCUUCUGAGGGUCACAUAAGUAGCUUACACUAGUGGCAAAAAUUGUGGAAACCUUUUGGAAAAAGCAUAUUUCUGAGGUUUGAUGGCUCAUAACACUUUUUUUGAGUAAUACCAUAAAAUUAUAUAUCAAUGGAAAGAUAAGUUAAUGAAGAAUGUAAUGCAAUGAAGUUUGUCCAAUUAUCUGUAUUCUAUCCAAAAUUAUAGCCAAAUGACCAGAAAAUGGAAGCACAACUUGCUUAGGUUGAUAUGCAAUCGCUUUCCUUCGUUUGAAUGUAGCCAAUGAGCACAAGUGUUUAGAGUCAAUCAGGUGUUAUGAAGCAUCAAACCUCAGAAAUACACUUUUCCCCAAAAGGUUUCCACAAUUUUGGCCACUAGUGUGCUUGUGCUCACACACCCCUCUGUGCCCUCCAUCCCGUGAAACCAGAGGCAUGAUCAGAGUUCAAGGACACAUUCCAGUCUGGCAAAAACAGGAUGUGAAGGGGAGCCAAUGAGGGGAUGUGGCCUGCGAAGAAUCUGGAGGGCCAAAUACAGAAGAGUUGAGGGCCGCAUCCCGCACCCCUUCCUAAGGUGCCUUUUCCCUGUAGAAAAGAAAAUGAAAAUAAUAGGCCACUCUGCUAUGCAACACUCGAACCACUGCCUCACUUCUCUCUCUCUCUCUUGUCUUUAGCCAUCUGCAACCCUGCCUGUAAGAAUGGCGGCCACUGCAUGAGAAACAAUGUUUGCGCCUGUCCUGGCGGCUACAGUGGCCGACGGUGUGAAAAAAGUAAGACUGCUUCAUAAAAAAAACUGCUCUCGCAUCUCAGCAUGCCGACUCAGGGCGAUGCCAGCAGCUCAAUCGUGCAUUUUCUCAUUGCUCUUUGGUUUCAGGUGUCUGUGACCCGGUAUGCAUGAACAGAGGAAGAUGCGUGGGCCCAAACGUUUGUUCCUGCCCAUCGGGCUGGAGAGGCAAAAGAUGUAACACUCGUAGGUAUUACUCUCAGCCGCUUGGAAAAGGAGAAGCCUGUUAAAUUGGGCGUAUAAAAAAGGCUCUCCAUCCAAGCUACAGCAAUAAGUAGCAUUUAAUUUAGAUUUGCUUGUAACUGGAGGGCAUCUUUCCACUGCUGCUUAAUGUGACCCUGAGGGUUUUCCUGUCUAAAUGAUGGAAGCAGGUCUUAGCUUCUGCUCCAGAAUGGCAUGCUCAGAUUUCCUUGUUUAUCUCCGUUCUUAAGCAAACAGGCUUUGAAUGCUCAACUUAGUAUCUCACUGGCACAGCAUGUCUCCCUCAGUCUUUUUGAAGCAUUACCACAGUUCUGGAAGACAAAUUCCCAUUUCUCCUCCAGAAGACAUGAGGCUGUAGCUUGAUUAAACUAAUGCAAAUGAGGUCAACAUUAGGUUGCAUUAAUUUCAUAUAUAAAAAGCCGGUGAAUGCCAUUGCCAAGAGUAGCAGACAGUUGUUAGAAUUUGCCUAAGCUCGCAGAAAACUAUCAAGGGUGGGAACACAUCAACAUGGCAGGCAGAUUAAGCAAAGGUAUAUCUUACAGUUCCCAGUACCAUUUGUUCAUUGUUUGCGCAGAUAUUGAGCCAUUGAGGGUAUUCACACUUCUCUUUCUACGCAUGCCUUUCUUGUACAGCUAUAUGCCUUCAGAAGUGCAGGAACGGGGGUGAAUGUAUUGGACCAAGUACUUGCCAUUGCCCUCCAGGAUGGGAAGGAGUUCAGUGUCAAACACGUGAGUCAGAUGUAAUGUUUGGAUUACAGUGGAGGGGGAUCGGACCACAGGUGUUUUUAUAGGGCUUUUAAUAGCUUGUUCAUCCAGAGCUGCACCAUAUGAACUGGUCUUUAUUAAAGUAACUUGAAAGAGAGCAUUCCCUGCAAGAUCAGGUACUCUUGCCUCACCUUCCAUUCAUCCCAGGGUAAUCAGUCAUGUUUAAAAACAAUAGGGCUUUUAUGUCUGAUGGUCAGAAAUGUCAGUUCCAUGGAAUGUAGGAAACUGCCCUAUACCCAGCCAGACAAUCUACUUCAGUAUUGUCGUUUUGAAUUCAAACUGUGGCUUCUUCUUUGCAGCUGAGGCAUGACUUUUCAGUCACCUGCCAAUGACAUACACAACAUAGGGUGACUGACAGAUGGAGAGCCCUUCCACCUGUCAAAAGUGUUUUUUGGAGGGCUAGCUACUUCUGGAUCUUCCACAUGUGCACAGUACCUUCAUCUUCCCUAGGUGAACAGUGGUUCCUGCUCUUCCUGAGGCACCUCAGCCAGCUGGAGUUAAAAUUGCACCCUUACACAUUAAAUUCCUAUUCCUUUCCUAGUCUUCAUUAUUGGCAAAAAUAAAAUCCACACUACACCCUUUUGCUGUUGCUUCCACUAGCAAACAGGCUGCAAUCCACAUAUUACCUGCCAUUUUACAGGAUUGCACCAUCAAACUUUCCUAAAAGUUACACAGUUGUAUUUGUUAGCAGUCUUUUUACCCUGAUAUCUCUUUUAUAUAUUAAUCAGCCCAGUACUUCUAUAUUUCCCUACAGUCUCAUCAAAUAGGUCUAAAAUUAGCAUCUCCAACACUGUGUCAUAGGAAGUCAAUACAUACAUUUUUUUCACAGCCUUUGAGGAGUGUGAUAUCAUUUUUUAAAUCGUCUUAUAGGAGUGCAACAUUCAUCAAAUGACUGGGCCGUUAGAGCCACACGCUCUUGAAAACGUUGCUUUGUUGCUGUAUAUUUAUGGGCCAUUUGGAAACUGAAUGAGGGAUGCCUUUCUGACCAAUGCUUUUUAUUGUUGUUCUGGUUUUGUUUUGUUUUUGUUUUUUGCACUAUCUUGCUGAGCUGUAGCAUCUAAACACAUGCUUGUGCACCCUAAGAGUUAUUGCAGAAUCACCAGGGGCUCUCUCCUUGACAGACAGGUUUUGUUUUGAUUGCCGGAUUAAAACACAUGCACACAUGUAUGUUUCAGCCACGUGCAACCGGAAAUGCCUAUACGGAGGUACAUGCAUAUUGCCGAACGUAUGUGCUUGUCGUCCUGGCUACAUGGGAGUCACAUGUGCCAAAAAAAUUCAGGUAAUCAUAGUACAAAUACUCAGUGCUUUCGAAAGAUGGAAAAGGUUUAGGGAGAAAUUAAGCUGCAUCCUAAUUUGCCGGUCUUUUUGCUGCUUAUGUUUCAAGGUACAAGGACGUCACGCAUGAAGAACAAAUGUCUCUGGGUCGCACAAUGUGCUGCAUGGAUGCCAGCCAUCUCUGGUGUGGAGAGGAUCACUCAAGACAAUGUUACAUGAGUGGCACAAUCUGGCCCCUUCCACAUACAAAGUGCAGAGUUGUUCUUCGUAUGAAUGCUUUGAAGUUCUUCCCACCAGGCUGCCUCUGUGUAGGGCACAACGCUGCUUUGCCAGGCAUGCUGCAACCUUCCCAGCCAAUCAUGUUAAGCAGAAGCCUGUCUAGGGCUCACCUUGAAGCACCCAGUGGCCUGCUUCUCCCCAUGGCUGUGGUGCACAGACUCUUUGCAGCAGAAAGAUAGUGGCAUCAAAUGUGGGAUCCAAGGGGGACUGGGCUGCUGGAUACUUCCAAGUGAGGUUGGACCAGGCUUUACCUUAACCACAAAUGGCUGAGUAAGUUGCAGCUGGCUCAGAAUAGCAGCAAAUGCUCCUGACUGACUGGCAAUCAACAUCCAUCACACUGCUACUCUGGCUGGAGUGCCCCAAGUUUGUUACAGCAAAGAAUAUGUCUCAGUAUGGCUUUGAAAACCAAUGAGAUUAAUUAAUGCAAAACAUCCAAAUGAGGCAUAAUACACCAUCACUUACACGUUUGUCAUGGUGCCUCAGAACUAGGUUAUGGCAGGUUUAAAUUUGUGUAAUAAAUACUUGGGUAAGGCAGAUAAUUCGGAUUCCCAAUCCAUGAUAGCUGGAGGGAGCAAGCUUUAGAAAAGAAACCUGUGCCUAAUAUUGCUUGGGAUUCUGUCUUGCAAUUUGUGAGGUGCCUCUGCCAGUUCAGUCGUGGAAUAUGACACUGCCAAUAUGUAUGGUGUAGGAUUCAAUUGUGCCGCUUAAAGCCAUCUGUUUACUGCAACUGACUGAAAAAUGAGCAUUUGGAGACAAUAUGAAUUUGAAACUCUGGAACGUUUUAUACAUCCCCUCAUAUGUAACAUGCCGGCACCAUAAAUUUGCACCAUACUCUGUGAGCCAGGAGAAUUCCAUAUUUGUAUGCGAUGAACUUUUGCUGAGGUUGAAAAUUAAAGAUCAAACACGCCCACAUACA